UGUUCAGCGUUACCCAAUUCAUCAAAAUUUUCAGCGAGUUAUAUUCCAAACAAUUUUCCAAGAAGUGUUUGAAAGUGUUAGCAGGAACUGCUGGUUAAUGAGUUGGAAGAGUUAUUCAAGAGCUGUUAUUUUAUGACAUCUGGUUUUGUUUUCUGCUGUAAUUCUGUGAUUUUCUCUAAAGAUAUUAACAUUGGGUCUUUUUUUAAACUUUUUAUCGUCGUUUCGCUUCAGCCAACUACUACACAGUAUUCUUAAACAAAUAUUUACCAUUUUGAAUGAAUCGAGAAAAUUUAGUUAUAGACUUAUCACCACAGAUAUCGGCCAACCACUUUGAUUCGAAUUCGCAUUCCAGAAAUGUCACACAUCAAAAUCACAAAGAUAGUACCAACAAUGAUAUAGAAAACUCUUCUCCGAUAUGGAUGUGCGUGGUAGCUGGUGCAUUUGGUGGUUUAACUGGUGAUACCUCGAUGCAUUCGCUAGAUACAGUCAAGACUCGUCAACAGGGAGCACCCAACAUUUUGAAAUACAGAAAUAUGUUCACUGCCUACAAAACAAUAUUUCUAGAAGAAGGUGUUUCAAGAGGUUUGUAUUCUGGUUAUUCUGCUGCCUUUCUCGGUUCGCUUCCUUCAAGCGCUAUCUUUUUUGGCACUUAUGAAUUAACAAAAAGAUAUCUUGUAAAUGAUUUGAAUACAAAUCCUACUAUUGCUCAUUUAUCCGGAGGCUUUAUAGCCGAUCUUGCCACCAGUUUUAUCUAUGUUCCAUCAGAAGUCAUUAAAACACGAUUGCAAUUACAAGGCCAAUUCAACAAUAAGUUUUUCUAUAGCGGUUACAAUUACAAUGGAAUUACUGAUGCAAUCAAAUCAAUUUAUCACAAAGAAGGUUGGAAAACUUUUUUCCAUGGAUUUAAAGCUACAUUGUGUCGCGAUCUACCAUUCAGUGCUUUUCAAUUUGCAUUUUAUGAAAAAUUCAGAGAAUUCUCGUUUGAUUACUUAAAUUCAAAAUCAAAGAAAGAAAAUCAGAAAAUUAAAAACGAUAAUACUGACUUGGAAGUGAAAAAACUACCUAUAGCCUUUGAAUUCUUGACUGGUGCUGCUGCAGGUGGUUUGGCUGGUGUUUUAACCACUCCAUUAGAUGUCUUUAAAACUCGUUUGCAAACUCAAAAUCCAAAUUUAUUAAAUCACAUUCCUUCACAUCCAGUUAUUUCUAAAACAUUGCCAAUUAACUCAUCAACAAAUUCUGCUUCCAAUGUAAAUUUAUCAAAGAAAAUACUAGAAAAAAAUAUUCAUACAAUACCUCCAUCAACUCCUCCAAAAAAUCAAACUGUGAUAUUAAAUACAUCUUCAAUUCUAAAAGGUUUAUAUAUUGUUUAUAAAACCGAGGGUGUAAUAGGGCUUUUUGCAGGAGUUGGUCCAAGAUUUGUGUGGACCAGUGUACAGAGUUCCAUUAUGUUAUUCUUAUAUCAAUUAACCUUAAGUAAAUUAAACAGUCUUAUAUGAUAUGAUGCUUAUAUCGACUAGGUAUCUUUUGUUAACAUAUUCUUCUCCGUCGUUCCAUUUGUUUUUUUUCUAUUUUUUUGGUAUUUUAUUUUUUUAGUAUUGUUUUUAUUCUUAAUCCUC